GCAUUGACCGGCUCUCGACAAGAAGGCAGGGUAUUGUAACUUUCCGGGAAAAUCCUCGAGAAAAUAAGAAACAAAAUGCAAUUCAAAGUUUGGAGGUUCUUCUGAGAUUCAAGCGAUCUAAAACUGAGGAAGUGUGAUUGAAGAUGAUGGAGGAGGAGAGAGAAGAGGGGGAAAGAAAGGUGGUGGUGGUGGGGUUGAUAGAGAAGGCAACGAACUCAACGUCUCCGGAGGUGGAUCCGCGGCUACUCAAAGCCAUCAAAUCGGUUGUCCGUCACUCCGACGCAGAGCUACGAGUCGCCGCUCAAACCCUAAUGGGGUUCAUGAAACGAGACCACGCACAGGUACGAUUCCUCACACUUCUCAUAAUAGAUGAACUAUUUAUGCGGUCAAAGCUUUUUAGAACCAUCCUUGUUGAGAACUUGGAUCAACUAUUGAGUUUAAGUGUUGGAUUCAGAAGAAAUUUGCCACUCCCUGCUCCUGCAACUGUUGCUUCUGUUCUGCGUUCGAAGGCUAUUGAGUUCUUAGAGAAGUGGAAUGCUUCAUUUGGGCUUCAUUAUAGACAGCUCAGGUUGGGGUUUGACUACCUGAAAAACACCCUUCGGUACCAAUUUCCUAAUCUACAAGAAAAUGCGGCUCGGAUUGCGCAGGAGAGAAGGGAAAGGGAGAUGAGGACCAAAGAGAUUCUACUGAACAAGUUUGAAACAUUGAAGGCAAAUGUUUUUUCAAUCAAGGAUGAAAUACAGUCAACAGUAGAUGAAAUUCGGGAAUGCUUGGAAAUUGUUAGUGCUAAAGAUAAAAAUAUGCCACUUGACCUGAUAGAUGAUGAAGAAAUGGAAGAGUUUCGUUGUUCUGAACUGCGGCAGAUUCGUCUUGAUACGUUAAGAGAAGCGGAAAAGGUUCAAGAGAAUAGUGACAAUAAAGUGGUUUUUGAUGCAUUGAGGGAGCUAUACAAGCUCCUAGUGACGAAGCAUUUGGUUACAGUUCAAGAUUGGAUCUCCGUUCUCAUAAGAGUUGAGGUGGCAGACAACAGGUUUAGAGACUCCACGUUGAAAGACUUCAUCGAUAUUCGAAACCUUCUCCGCUCAGUGAAGAAAAAAUGUGAAGAAUCAGGUUGUGUUCUUUCUAACACUACAAAUCAAGAGGAGGAAGAUAUUUGGGAAGAGGGUGAGAUUGAAUACUUUGAGAACAAGAAUUCUGGCAGCACCAAGAAGCAAAGUGACCAACAUGCCGUUGAGUCGACUUCGAAUGAGGUAAAAAAAGGUGGUCUUGGAUGCAGUAAUAAUGGAACAAAGGGCAAUGAAAAGUUGGAUUGUGAAGAUGGUGGAACUGAUACAGACCCCACAAGGAGUAAGCUUUUGGCUGAAGCUCCGGUUAUGAAGUGGGGUUCUUUCUUGGACCACUGGGGUUCAAACAGGGAUAUUUUGGCUAAUCAGAGAGGAUUGGAGCUUGAUGGUCACUGGGGUAGGGUAGAUUAUGAUGCAGUCAUCCCAGCAAAGAAGAUUGCAGAAUUGAAUGUUCAGAGUACUGUUUACAGAGAAGAGCCAGUGGAAAUUCAGCCAUGUCGUGCUCCUUUGAGCAAGGGGAGACUUUGUCAAAGAAAAGACCUGAAAAUUUGCCCAUUUCAUGGACCCAUCAUACCUCGAGAUGAUGAAGGAAAACCAAUCGACCAGAACUCUUCAAUGGAGGAGCUGACCCCUGAUUUUGGGGAUAAUUUAGUAGAGCAAUUAGCAAAACAGGCCGUCAAGAAUGUUCGGGAGAGAGAUAAAGAGGAUGCACAAAAGAGAGAAUCAGAUAAAAAGGAACUGAAGCGAGCAAGGCUUGCCAAAGUUAAGGAACAUAAUCAAUCUGUUAUGCGGGAUGCUGCAAUGUCUUCAACUUCGAGAUAUUCAGCAAUAGGUGAAGAUGCAGAGAAAACCAAUGGGGAGAAGUUUUCAAGUAGAAACAAGAAACAAACUCUGGCAGCAAUGCUGAAAAAGAAAGUCACGUCAAAAGAUAGAAUAUCUCAGAGGCUUUUGAACACCCGUGCAAGUGAUAGCACAGUGAGACAGCUGAGCCAAGGAGAGGAUGCAAAUUACAGAGAAGCCUUCCCGAAUCAGUGGUAGAUGGAUGUAUCCUUGUCAUCCUAUGGCGCUUUCUUGAAUGGAUAUGUAAUGGAAUGAAGUAUCUCUGUUGCAUGUAUUUAUAAAGUCCGAGUCUUGAUGUAACAUUUUGCUUUGGCCCUAGAUCUAUUUGCUGUAGCAAGGUAUGGCGAAUGAUCAAGGGAUCAAUUUUUUUUUUAACCAUGUAUAUAAUAUAUUUAGAGUUUUUUUUUUGUUUAAUCUCGUGUAGUUUCUUUUAGCAGAUCAUUUUAUUGGAGAUGAAUAAGAAGUUUAUUAGUUUGAAAUUUGACAGGCAAAAA